AACAACUUAAACGAAACGAACGCGCGCGUAAAAUACCAACAAGCAAUCAACACACAAAUAUAAAUAUCUACAGCACACACGAACACGUACACACACACACACACACGUACAUACUUGCACAUACCUGGCCACAGCAGCAACAACAACAAUAGAAACACAUAAAACACAAAGAUAUUAUAAACAAAAAUAAUUUCAAACAAAUUUUUAAAAGUCAGAAACGUAACAAUAAAUAAGCGAGCUGAGAAAUUAGAAAUGAGUAUUACAAACGCGAUUGCCUAAAGAAACGACCAAAUAGAAUCUACAAGUAGCUGAAACUAAAAACAAACAAAACACAAGAUAUAUCUCACAAAGCCGCAGCAAAAACUAUACGAAAAUUAUUCGAAGGCAACAACAACAAAUGCAUUGAAGGCAUUUCCAACCUGUGUCGAGUUGCAGAAUGUGCUUUAUGGGCUGAGAGCAAGAGAAGAACCUAUACACCAUAUACAAACACAUACAGACAUUCAUUACUGAUCCAAUGAUGGCAUACGACAUUAGCAUAAAGCGCAGCAACUUUCUGACAUCAGCAAACACUUGAUCUUGAACUUGAGUGCCAAACUGCCAGAGAAGGCGGCAGAUUGAGUCAAGACGGGCCAUUGUCAAUGCUAAACGAAUAACACAUUAACAGAAUCAAAAGAAAACCCAUUUAGAAAAAUUGCAACUUUCGCGUUUCAGUGAAAACACAAUUUUAUUUAAAAAAAAAAAACUAUUAAUUUUACAUUUAAGUUCAAAAGCCACGCCUAACAAAACUUAGAGAAAACUUUUAGAGGACUAAUAACGAAACUUAGCGAAACGAAACGGAAAAGUUUAGAAGCUGUGAGAAAGAUAAGUAAAGAGCGAGAGAGAGAGAGAGAGAGAAAUCAAAGAUUUAGUAACUAAAUGCAAAUGCUGAGGCAACAACAACCACAAAAACAACUACCACUACAAUUGCAACAAAUAAUAAGAAGAAAUUCAAUGCGCAGCACACGAAAGCAUAAAAAGCUCAAACCAACAACAACAGCAGCAACAAACUUAAGUAGCAAGCAUUAACAACAACAGCAAAGAAACCAUUGAGCAUGCAACAGGCUGACCAACUAACACCACAGCAACAACAACACCAGCUGCAGGCCCAACAACUACAGCAACAGCAACAAAAUGGCGGCGACAUGGCCGCCGGUGCUUACGCCAACGCCCAAGGAGGUGCCAUUAAACGCGCCCCCAUGAGUGGCGGCCGCUUCGAUUUCGAGGACGGCGGCACCUACUGCGGCGGCUGGGAUGAGGGAAAAGCCCACGGACAUGGCGUCUGCACAGGCCCCAAGCAUCAGGGGGCCUACGCGGGUGCCUGGAACUAUGGCUUUGAAGUGUCCGGCUCCUAUAUAUGGCCCAGUGGCUCCCACUACGAGGGUCAAUGGCAGAACGGACGCCGUCAUGGGCUGGGCGUUGAGCAAAUCGGUCGGCAAAUCUAUCGUGGCGAGUGGUCCAAGGAUGGCCACAAGGGUCGGUAUGGAGUGCGAGAGAGCACCGUGUCGACGGCCAAGUACGAGGGCACCUGGAACGAGGGCUAUCAGGAUGGUUCCGGCUGUGAGACCUACGCCGAUGGCGGCAAGUACCAAGGUCAAUGGCAGGAGGGCAAACGUCAUGGCUACGGCAUACGCACAUCGGCGCCUUUUGGCCUCGCCUCGCAUCAUCGACGCAAGAACUUGCAUGCCUCGUUAAGUUCACUGCCUGGCGGAGAGAAUGGCAAUGCGGCCAAAGCGAACGAGAAGACGGAGGAGAUACGCGGUGGCUUUGUGCUCACGGCCAAGUCCGACAAGUUGCCGGUGCGACGCAACAGCCUGACGGAAAAGUCCAAGAAGGGGUUCCUUAUGGGCCUGAAAAUGCGCAAACAACGCAGCACGGGGGAUCUGGAGAAACGCGGCACCAUUGCCUCGGGCAGCAUACGUUCAACCAUGUCCUCCGCCUCAUGGAUUAGCACCGGUUCCGAGCAGUCCAAUUUAACGACCAAAUCCGCGCAUACGGAGUCCAAUGCCAGCUUUACCAUGGAGGAUGAGCAGCUGGAUCCUACGGUAGUGGAGACCUAUAUGGGCGAAUGGAAGAAGGACAAGCGUUGUGGACAUGGCGUAGCUGAGCGCAGCGAUGGCUUAAAAUAUGAGGGCGAGUGGUAUAACAAUCGUAAGCAUGGCUAUGGCGUGACCACAUUUCGGGAUGGAACCGUCGAGGAGGGCAAAUACAAGAACAAUAUAUUGAUCACCAGCCAGAAGAAGAAGCAUUUGUUCCUUGCGCGUUCGCGUAAAUUUCGCGAUCGCAUCACGGCCGCCGUGAAUUCCGCGCAGCGUGCGCUCAAAAUGGCGAUGCAACGCUCCGACAUGGCCAUCUCACGUAUGGCGACAGCAGCGGCGAAGGCCCAGAACGCCGAUGUGGCGGCCGAGCAGGCGCGUAUCGAUUGCGAGAAUGCCGUGCGAAUGGCACGCGAGUUCGCGCCAGAUUUUAAGCCAUCGGUGCUGGAGCGUUUCGAGAAGCUGCGCUUCCGGGAGCGCUUUCGAGGCGUUAGCUCCAGCGCUGAUGUAACAGGCGGAGGCAAAAGCCUGCCAGCGUCCCAGCAAUUUUCGCCGGCCAGCAGCGGCAGUGCCUCGGAUCCAGCGUAUGCCACGCAGGCGCAGCGACAGCAGCAAUACAUGAACAUGCAGCAGCAACGUCGUAUGUCGCAGCAAAAGCAGGAGGCCGACUGUCCAGUGCCUUCAUCGAUGUACUCGCAACAGCUGCCGGUGUCGCCACAGACAGACCUCUCCGCACUCGUCAGCCAUACCCAGCCGAGUCAUGCGCAGGUCAUUAGCGCGAUUAAUCAAAUGUAUCACCAACAGCAGCAUCAGCAGCAGCAAUUCCAACAGCAGCAACAACAGAGCAAUCCACAAACGAAUCCUGCAUAUCAAUUCCAGCAACAGCAGCCGCCUGGCACCAGUGUUUCCACUCAACAGCAGCAGCAGCUGCAGCAGCAACAACAAUUUGCCGGCACUUCCAAUCUAACGCCCACAAAUGCCUCAAUGUAUCAAAAUGCCAACAAUAUGUCGCCGCAACAGCAGCAGCUGCAGCAGCAGCAACAGCAACAACAACAAAGACUCUACCAGCAGCAACAACAGAUGCAGCAGCAACAGCAGUUGCAGCAACAACACCACCAGUUGCAGCAGCAGCAACAGUUGCAACAGCAAUAUCAACAUCAACAGUUGCAGCAGCAACAUCAAAUGCAACAGCAACUCAAUCAGCAACAGCAAUCCUCACUGCACGUCUCGCCCAGCCACAAUGCGUCGAUGCGUCGUCCCUCGCAACAAGUCGCCGAUGCAGCCCAAGCCAGUGCCCAGGCUGCCACCAUGGCCGCCCUCAACCAGCAACAGCGUUCCCAGCAACGACCACCGAUGCUGGGGCAAACGGGACAGCAAUCCUCCAUUGAUCACUUCGAUCACUACAAGCGGCCCCCGAGUCGGGACUCCUCCAUCGAUCGCUAUGCCCGCGCCGCCAGCCGCAUGAGUGGCGCCUUUGGCGGCUCGCGACAGACCUCUCUAGAUCGGUCCGGCCUAGCCAACGAUCCAACCCAAGCCGGUGGUGCUACCAACACCACACCCGACGGACGUCCGCGUGCGGGCUCAGUAUUUCGUGGCUCCACGCCGGCUCCGGGUGGCGGCACAAAUCCCACAAGCACAGCCACUUCAACGCUCACCGGUAAUGGAACUCUGCCCUCGGGCGCCGGCGGACGUUUAUCGCGCGCCGGCACGCCCAGCUUGGGAGCGGGCGGACGAGCGCCCAGCCAAAGCAAAGUGGAACCCUUAUAUUCAGCACCCAAUCAACCGUUUGAGGAUGUGCUGCUGCGUCAGCGUACGCUCGGUCAGGAUAUCAUUCCCUCGCCCUCGCAACCAAAACGCACCGAGAGUUUGUACUUGCCUGCCAAGCCGGCGACGCCGGUGGGCGUGGCCAUGGGCAAGGCUGGCGGUAGCGGUGGCAAGAAAAUGAAGACAGUACCCAUCAAUGUUUCGCUUCAGAGAAAGAAAUCCAUGCCAGAUUUCCAGGAACUGCCACGCGCAACCGAGGCGAUGAGUCGUGAGGAGGUCUCCGCAUUGGGAUCGGCCAGACGCGAGGCGGUGCGUCGGCAGAUCGAAGUAAACGAACGUUUGAGGGCAAAUCCGCUUCUGUACUUGGUUAGUCCACAAGUCAAGGAUUGGUUUGUACGUCAGCAGCUGGUGCUGUUAGUGCUGUUUGUUAAUGUCCUACUGGCGCUGUUAUUUGUCAAAAUGCUCACCUAGCGCCGAAGGAUACGAAAAACCACACGAAACAAAGCCACAGCGCAGCAACAGUGCAGCUCCAACUGUGCACUGCUGUUAACUGCACGAACUGCUUCUUAAACUGUUAAAGGCUAAGCUUAGCUGUCAACUGUGUAGCAGCGCUGUUAAGAGAACAUGACGUGCUGAAGUUUAACAGUCACUGGGCUAUAGUUUUUUUGUGCCGCUUAGCUACAGCAACGCAGUUUUAUGGUGACUGCCAAUUUGCACUUCGUGUGGUUCACAUUUUUUAUUGGGGGCUUAAGCUUACAAUUUUUGUAGCAUUUGCAGUAAAUACAUAUAUGAUGAAAAGGAAACACACACACACAAUCUAUAUAUUCAUAUAUAUUUAUAUAUAUGAUAAAAAGGUAUGUAAAAAUCGAAUUAAACUUUAGACUGCAGCCGCAUACAAUUUAAAACAAUUUCUAGAGCACAAAACAUAGGAAAACUUAAAUUUGUUAUAACAAUUAAAACGAUAUGGCUGAAGCCAACAAUUUUGAGAAGCCAUUUGAGGUGAAGUUAGGGGUUUUAAAAACGGAUAAACAGAUAAAAGAAAAUGCUGCUAAUUGUUAUUAACAAAGCAUUUUGCUAUUUGGGCAAAACAAUAUGCAAAUCAAUUUAACGAAUUUUUCUACACAUUUAAUGUAAAAGUAAUUUAAAUACCGAAACCCAUUUCAACUACUCUUUAACCUUAUCAAUGUUUAAACAAUAUACAUAAUUAUUAUUAUAUCCAUACAUAAAUACAUAUUUAUAUAUAUAUUAAAUCCUAUGGCUACAAUAUGAAAGCAAAUUUUAGACAAAUGCAAAAACAAACUAUUUUAUAUACCAAAAAGUGAAAAGUGAAAACAAAACUACAAGUAUAAUGCUAAUUGAAUCUAGUCAGGAUGGCGAGCUAAUCAAAAAACAGAAAAGGCAAUUUUUACACAAAUUGUAUUCGUAUUUGUAUACAUAAUUAGCGAAAUUGUUUGGGACCUAAAGUAACAACAACAAAAGCAACUAAGAAAAGCAAGCGCAUGUUGCGUUUUUUGUUCGAUUUGGGGGCUUGCAACAAAAAAUCAAUUUGGAAGAAGCAACUAAAACCUUAAAUGAUAUUUUUUAAAAUAAAUACUAUUUAAAGCAAAAGCGAUGGGUUUGUUAUAAUGACGAUAAUGAUGAAUGGAUGCUGUAUAUAUAUAUAAUUGUAUAACUUUAAAAUUUAUCGUAAAAUUAUAAAAAUUUAACUAUUAUUUCUCUCAUAGCUGAAUAUUUCACUUUUAGUUGAAAAAUGCGAGAAUUGUGGUUUUCGUUUUUGAUUUCGGUUUAGUUUCAUUUCAUUUAUGUCACGAGUUAUAUAAAUACUUUUAAAAGCAUAUUAUUAAAUUUUUUAUUUGUUAUUUUUUAUGCAUAUUUUUUUUCAAAAUAAAAGUGCCACACACACCCACACACACACACUAGUGUGCGCAAUUAUGUGUUUUUGUCUGCAUCUUUUAAUUCCAAUUUAUGUUAAAUAAAAUCAACUCUCAAGUGCAA